GGAUCUUUGUGCGCCCCGCGCCAGGCUCCGCGCGCCCGCACGUACGUAGCUUUCACGUGCGUGUGGACUCGGGGUGCCUGUGUGGGUCCAUAGGAAUAUGCUCGGAUUAGGGAGAGGCGCGGAGCACAGGACGGCGGGAAGCUAAAGGAGUAAACAGGUCAUGGCACGCUUAACAAAAAGACGGCAGGCGGACACAAAAGCUAUCCAGCAUCUUUGGGCAGCCAUUGAGAUUAUACGGAAUCAGAAGCAAAUUGCCAACAUUGACCGUAUUACAAAGUACAUGUCUCGAGUCCACGGUAUGCAUCCAAAGGAGACCACUCGUCAGUUGAGCUUGGCUGUGAAAGAUGGUCUCAUUGUGGAGACGCUGACAGUGGGCUGCAAAGGCUCCAAAGCUGGUAUCGAACAGGAAGGAUAUUGGUUACCAGGCGACGAAAUUGCCUACAGCAUGCAGCCUUUCUUCAGGACAGCAACCCCAGCCAAGGACUGGGAAACAGAAAAUCAUGACUGGUAUUGUUUUGAAUGCCAUUUGCCUGGAGAGGUGUUGAUAUGUGACCUGUGUUUUCGUGUGUAUCAUUCCAAGUGUUUGUCUGAUGAGUACAGGCUUAGAGACAGCAGUAGUCACUGGCAGUGCCCAGUUUGCAGGAGCAUCAAGAAGAAAAACACCAACAAGCAGGAGAUGAGCACGUACCUCAGGUUCAUCGUCUCCCGCAUGAAGGAGAGGGCUAUUGACCUUAAUAAAAAGGGGAAGGACAACAAACACCCCAUGUACCGGCGACUGGUGCACUCGGCGGUGGAUGUCCCUGCCAUACAGGAGAAAGUAAACGAAGGGAAAUACCGGAGUUACGAAGAGUUCAAAGCUGACGCUCAGUUGCUUCUCCACAACACAGUCAUUUUCUAUGGAGCAGACAGUGAGCAAGCUGACAUAGCACGGAUGCUCUAUAAAGACACCUGUCAUGAGUUGGAUGAACUACAGCUUUGUAAGAAUUGCUUCUAUUUAUCAAAUGCUCGUCCUGACAAUUGGUUCUGCUAUCCUUGUAUACCUAAUCAUGAGCUGGUUUGGGCUAAAAUGAAAGGUUUUGGAUUCUGGCCGGCCAAAGUCAUGCAGAAAGAGGACAAUCAGGUUGAUGUCCGCUUCUUCGGUCACCAUCACCAGAGGGCCUGGAUUCCUUCUGAAAACAUACAGGACAUCACAGUCAAUGUUCACCGGCUGCAUGUUAAGCGCAGUAUGGGCUGGAAGAAAGCCUGUGACGAACUGGAGCUGCACCAGCGCUUUCUCCGUGAAGGGAGGUUUUGGAAGUCCAAGAAUGAGGACCGAGGGGAGGAGGAGGCAGAGUCCAGCAUCUCCUCCACCAGCAAUGAGCAGCUAAAGGUCACUCAAGAACCAAGAGCAAAGAAAGGACGACGUAAUCAAAGUGUGGAACCCAAAAAAGAAGAACCAGAGCCUGAAACGGAAGCUGUAAGUUCCAGCCAGGAAAUCCCCACGAUGCCUCAGCCAAUUGAAAAAGUUUCUGUGUCAACUCAGACCAAGAAGUUAAGUGCCUCUUCCCCAAGAAUGCUGCAUCGAAGCACCCAGACCACCAGUGAUGGAGUGUGUCAAAGCAUGUGCCAUGACAAGUACACCAAAAUUUUCAAUGACUUUAAAGACCGAAUGAAGUCUGAUCACAAGCGAGAAACUGAAAGAGUUGUACGAGAAGCUCUAGAAAAGCUGCGUUCUGAAAUGGAAGAAGAAAAAAGACAAGCUGUAAAUAAAGCUGUAGCCAAUAUGCAGGGUGAGAUGGACAGAAAAUGUAAGCAAGUAAAGGAAAAGUGUAAAGAAGAAUUUGUAGAGGAAAUCAAGAAGCUAGCAACACAGCACAAACAACUAAUUUCUCAGACCAAGAAGAAGCAGUGGUGCUACAACUGUGAGGAGGAGGCCAUGUACCACUGCUGCUGGAACACAUCGUACUGCUCCAUCAAGUGUCAGCAGGAGCACUGGCAUGCGGAGCACAAGCGCACCUGUCGCCGGAAAAGAUGAAGGCUGGCUCUUCCUGGAGAAUCACUGACGACUAUUCCUCUCAGACACAGCGGUUUUUGUUUCCAAGAAGCCAAAAUUGUUUAGAAUUUGCUUCCCAUUUUGCACCAGCCUUUAAACACUUUUCGUGAAGAAAUUUUGCACAGUAGUUUAAAUCUUUUGUUAACGCUCCUCUGGAGUUUUUCAGGGGGUAAAAGUAACAUCAGUGGAGGGUAUUAUUUUAAAUAAAUUUUAAUUGAGAGUUUGUUGCAUUUUCAGCAAAUUUUAAAACAUUUUUAGGUUUUACAGAGAUUUUAACCUUUAAACAACAGAUCUUUAAAAAACAGGUGAAUUACAAGUGAGUUUAACAAAGAAACAUUUAAAAUAGAUCUGAAUGUAAGAACUACAGAACUGUUUCAGAAAUAAAACAUACUACCUUGAUGUGAAAUUUAUUUCUUAACCUUGUUGAGCUGGUUUUGUUCAGCUUACUUUACUGUUUAAAGGCAUUAUCUAUUGGUUAUGCCAGUGGGUAUAUGAUUGAAUUUAGGGAACAGGGUUGACACAGCAGGUGCUAGUCCUGCAUAUUUUUUCUUAAAUAUUUCCCAAUUGUGUUUUUCAUUAUUUCUUUUCAAUAUAUAACUUUUAUAACAAAUUAUUAGCUUUGAUCUUGUAGUUUAAAAUUGCAGGGAACUGGGGUAAUCUUUUACUGAGCUGGAUCUUAGAGAAAAUGAAUAUUUAAAUUUUAAAGUUUGCACAUUUCAUCUUUGUCCUAACAUGAGUGCUUGUAACAAAAUAAACAACAAAAAUAAAAAGCCAAAAACUA